AUGCUUCGAACCUCUCAAGUCGCUCUCAAGCCGAGGUUUGCCGCCGUGCGUGUGGGCAUGGCCUCGGCCGCCAUCGCGUCGCGAUCCAUGCCUGCGCUGCUUCGACAGGUGCACACGGCGUACUGCACUCCACGUUCAAUCGCAUCGCCAGCUCUCUCGCAGCCGAACCGCACCCAUCGCAACGCCUCGACUGUGGCAUCUUCCGCCGCGGUCGACGCCACCGCCCUCAAACCGCUGCCAGCCAAGAUCUUGAUCGCCAAUCGCGGUGAGAUUGCCUGCCGAAUCAUCCGUACCUGUCGACGACUGGGCAUUUCCACCGUCGCCGUCUUCUCUGAAGCGGAUGCUGCAUCGCAACACGUCAAGCUUGCUGACGAAGCGUACUGCAUCGGACCUGCUGCUUCUGCCGAGUCGUACUUGCGACAGGACAAGAUCCUCGAUGUCGCCCAGAAGACAGGCGCGACCAUGAUCCACCCGGGCUACGGAUUUCUCUCGGAAAACGCUGCCUUUGCCAAGCUGCUCGAAGAGAGCCAGAGUAUCACAUUCAUGGGCCCACCUUCCUCGGCAAUCGAUGCGAUGGGCAGCAAAUCCGCAAGCAAAGAGAUCAUGCUCGCUGCCGGAGUGCCCUGCGUACCCGGCUACCACGGUGCGGAUCAGGACCCGGCGCUGCUCGCUAGCGAAGCGGACAAGAUCGGCUACCCCGUGCUGAUCAAGGCCGUCAAAGGCGGUGGUGGUAAAGGCAUGAAGAUUGCCGAUUCGCCCGAAGAUUUUGCGGAUGCGCUCGAGUCGGCUCAGCGCGAAGCACUCAAGUCGUUCGGUGACGCAACCGUGCUGAUCGAAAAGUACCUCACUGCACCGCGCCACGUCGAAGUGCAAGUCUUUGCCGACACGCACGGCAACGCGGUGUACAUCUCGGAACGCGACUGUUCGGUGCAACGUCGACACCAGAAGAUCAUCGAGGAAGCGCCCGCCCCGCACCUGCCCUCCGCACUGCGCACCGAGCUGGGCGAGAAGGCGGUCGCGGCAGCCAAAGCGGUUGGGUACGUCGGUGCGGGCACGGUCGAGUUUAUCCUGGACGCCGAGAGGCCCGAGAACUUUUACUUUAUGGAGAUGAACACGAGGCUGCAGGUCGAGCACCCGGUGACAGAAAUGGUCAGUGGGCUGGACUUGGUCGAGUGGCAGUUGGAGGUGGCGAGUGGCAACCGGCUGCCGUUGUUGCAGGACGGGUUGAGGAUCGAGGGGCAUGCGUUUGAAGCGCGCAUCUAUGCGGAGAACACGGACGCCGGGUUCCUGCCGGACACGGGCAAACUGGUGCACGUCGCCCUUCCGCCUACGACCACGGACACGCACUCGAAUGUUGGCAGCGUCGGCACGCGCGACGGUGCGCAAGCGGUGGUGCGCGUCGACACGGGCUUUGUGAGCGGCGACGAGAUCAGCGUGCACUACGACCCGAUGAUCGCCAAGCUCAUCGUCAAGGGCCGCAACCGAACCGAGGCGCUGCGCAUCAUGGCCAACGCGCUGAAUGCGUACCAGGUGGUCGGGCCGCAGACGAACAUCCAGUUCUUGAAGAACCUCGUGCGCCAUCCGAAGUUUGUGGCGGGCGAGGUGGAGACGGGUUUUAUCGGCAAGUAUGGAGACGGGCUGUUUGGGGAUCCGUAUACGCAAGAGGCCGAGGUGCGCGAGGCGGUGGCGCAGGGAGUGGUGUGGAUGUACCAGCGCGAGCUCGAGCAGAGUUUGCAUGGCGGGGGCGUGUGGACGAGCAGGCACUUUGCGGGCAGGAAGAGCCGCACGUUCGAGGUGCUGCACAAGACGCUCGGUGCGCUGUCUGUCACCGUCACCCCCGCGGACGCGCAGGCCGAGCAGUUCGAGGUGCAGCUCUCCCCCACCGCCGCUACUGCCGCUACUGCCCCUGCACCGCUCCGCAUCCGCCCUACAGGCAGCACAAUCCUCACCCACCCGACCCUUACCACGUUCCUCCCCACGGGCGUCGUCACCAGCUUCGCCCUGCAGUCGCCCGCCUGGCACUCGAAGCUCACCGACUCUGCUUCUAGUUCGGCGGGAAGCACAGGUGCGCUCGUCUCGCCCAUGCCCAGCAAGAUCGUCGACUGCAAGGUGCAGCCCGGCCAGCAGGUGAGGAAGGGCGAGACCGUGGUCAUCCUCGAGGCGAUGAAGACCGAGAUCAGUCUCAAGGCGAGCAGGGAUGGCGUGGUCGAGAGUGUGAGUGCGCGGUGCAAGGCGGGCGAGCUGGUCAAGGAGGGGGCGGUGCUGGUGCGCUUCAAGGAGCAGGUCGAGUAG